AUGUUCGACUUUCAAGUUGCUACCGUAGUGGUUGCUGAAGAAGAAUCGAAUAAUCAAGGGCGAAGAACAAAGUAUCGUGGCUCUUUUCUUGGUCACAAUAUUGUCAAUCAUAAUAGAAAGGAAGAUCUUACUGAUGAAUAUCUUCAAAUUGGGGAAACCACAGCGACAGAAAGUCUUAGAGCUUUUGUCAAAGCAAUCGUAAAAGUUUUUAGUGAUUGGUAUCUAUGGGCACCAAACGAGGCUGAUAUUUAUCGAUUAUUAUCAAUUGGAGAGCAGCGUGGAUUUCUAGGGAUGUUAGGGAGCAUUGACUGUAUGCAUUGGAAAUGGGAGAAAUGCCCAAUUGCAUGGCAUGUGAUGUAUACUGGUCAUUAUCGUGAACCAACUAUAAUUCUAGAGGCAAUGGCUUCACAAGAUCUUUGGAUAUGGCAUGCUUUUUUUGCAAUGCCUGGAUCAUUAAAUGAUAUUAAUGUUCUUGAUCGGCCACCUAUCUUCGCUGCACUUGCUGAAGGUCGUAUUACUCCUGUCAAUUAUACAAUUAAUAGGCAUGAAUAUACAAUGGGAUAUUGUUUAGCUGAUGGGAUUUAUCAUAAUUGGUCAACAUUUGUUAAGACAAUCCCAAGACCAUUAGGAGCAAAGAGAAAAUAUUUUGCAAGAAAGGAUGUGGAGCGGGCAUUUGGGGUGCUCCAAUCUUUUUUUGCAAUUAUGUCAGAUUGGGGACAUGGUUUUGCCUCAUACCAGCCUGAGAGGUCAAUUCUUGCCGAUGAAAGGGUGACAUGGUCACGCAGGUAG